GGGUUGGAUUGGAUUGGGCCGGGCCGGGCCGGGCUGAGCCAGGCCGGACCGUGCCGGACCGUGCUUGGCUUUUCUUUCGCCGCUCCUGCGCGGCUGGCUCGUUAUCGCGACGGGUUGGACAAUCGCGACAGCACCAUGAUGGCCAACGCGGCCACCAUGCGGAUCCUCAUCAAGGGGGGCAAGGUGGUCAACGACGACUGCACGCUGGAGGCCGACGUCUACAUCGAGAACGGCAUCAUCCAGCAAGUGGGGCGCGAGCUGAUGAUCCCCGGCGGCGCCAAGGUCAUCGACGCCACGGGCAAGCUCGUCAUCCCGGGCGGCAUCGACACCAGCACCCACUUCCACCAGACCUUCAUGAACGCCACCUGCGUCGAUGACUUCUACCACGGCACCAAGGCGGCGCUGGUGGGGGGCACGACGAUGAUCAUCGGGCACGUCCUGCCCGACAAGGAGACGUCGCUGCUGGACGCCUACGAGAAGUGCCGCAGCCUGGCCGACCCCAAGGUGUGCUGCGACUACGCCUUGCACAUGGGCAUCACCUGGUGGGCGCCCAAGGUGAAGGCAGAGAUGGAGACGCUGGUGCGGGAGAAGGGGGUGAACUCCUUCCAGAUGUUCAUGACCUACAAGGACCUGUACAUGCUGCGGGACAGCGAGCUCUACCAGGUGCUGCGCGCCUGCCGCGACAUCGGCGCCAUCGCCCGCGUGCACGCCGAGAACGGCGAGCUGGUGGCCGAGGGAGCCAAGGAAGCUCUGGAUCUGGGCAUCACGGGGCCGGAGGGCAUCGAGAUCAGCCGGCCCGAGGAGCUGGAGGCCGAGGCCACGCACCGUGUCAUCACCAUCGCCAACCGGACCCACUGCCCCGUGUACCUGGUGAACGUCUCCAGCAUGUCCGCAGGGGAUGUCAUCGCCGCCGCCAAGAUGCAGGGGAAGGUGGUCUACGCGGAGACCACCACGGCGCACGCCACGCUCACCGGGCUGCACUACUACCACCAGGACUGGUUCCACGCCGCCGCCUACGUCACCGUGCCGCCGCUGCGCCUCGACACCAACACCUCUGCCUACCUCAUGAGCCUGCUCGCCAACGACACGUUGAACAUCGUGGCCUCGGACCACCGGCCCUUCAGCACCAAGCAGAAGGCCAUGGGCAAGGAGGACUUCACCAAGAUCCCGCACGGCGUCAGCGGGGUGCAGGACCGCAUGAACAUCAUCUGGGAGCGCGGCGUGGUGGGGGGCAAGAUGGAUGAGAACCGCUUUGUGGCCGUGACCAGCUCCAACGCCGCCAAGAUCCACAACCUGUACCCCCGCAAGGGCCGGAUCAUCCCCGGGGCCGACGCCGACGUCGUGGUCUGGGACCCCGAGGCCACCAAGACGGUGUCUGCCAGCACCCAGGUGCAGGGCGGGGACAUCAACCUGUACGAGAACAUGCGGUGCCACGGCGUGCCGCUGGUGACCAUCAGCCGCGGGCGCGUGGUCUACGAGAACGGCGUCUUCAUGUGCGCCGAGGGCACCGGCAAGUUCUGCCCGCUGCGCUCCUUCCCCGACGUGGCCUACAAGAAACUGGUGCAGCGCGAGAAGAGUCUGAAGCUGCGCGGCGUGGACCGCACCCCGUACCUGGGGGACGUGGCCGUGGUGGUGCACGCCGGCAAAAAAGAGACGGGGACGCCGCUGGCCGAUACGCCCACCCGGCCGGCCACGCGGCACGGGGGCAUGAGGGACCUGCACGAGUCCAGCUUCAGCCUGUCCGGUUCUCAGAUCGAUGACCACGUUCCAAAGCGAGCCUCGGCCCGGAUUCUCGCUCCCCCCGGGGGCCGGUCGAGCGGCAUCUGGUAGAGCCGGGGACGAGUCCCCCGAGUGAGCACCGGGCGCCGCCGCCCGCGCCCCCGGGCCCGGCGCCGCUGCCGCGGGGCUCCCCGUGCCGCCGCGGGGCCGUGCGGGGCCGUGCCGGGCCGGGCCGGGCCGGGGCCGUGCGCGGGGGCCGCGGAGGGCCGGGGGGCGGCAGGGGGUGCCCCCCACCCCCGGCCCUUUUCUGUUUGCACGUUGGGUUUGGAUCAGUGAAUUUUUGACUUGUUUGUGCAUCACGUGGAAAUGCUCCGAAGUGGUUUGUGUCACUAGCGUAGGGGAGGCGCGGGGACCCCCCCUCUGCCCCAGCCCUGGACCCCCACCCCGAGGCAGAGCCCCGUCCUGGUCCCAUUCCUGCCCCCAUUCCCAUCCCUGACCCCCCAGCUCCAUC